AUGAAGUACUCAAUAUAGAGUAAAUACAUACUUUACAAAGAUCAAUUAAUAAGUGGAUAUGUAUGUAUAGAAGGUGAGUUUAUCAAAUAUAUAUUACAUGAACCAAAUGAAUUAUUAAAUGAAUACCCUAUUAAAUAUGUCUAUGAAAAUCAAGUGCUUAUGGCAGCAGCUAUAGAUACUAAUGUAUCAUUAAGUAUGUGGAAUCAUAUUGAAGAAUUUACUAAGUAAGAACUUUACACUAAAAGAUUGGCAAUUGUUGGAGGUACAUCUUUGAUUGUGAACAAACCUUACUAACUGAAUUUAGAUAUGGAUGCAAAUGAAACCUACCAGAUCCAAAUCCAAUAAUUAUCAUUGAAAUCAUAAACUGAUUUUAUUUAAAUGGCCAAAAUUAUACAUAAAGAGGAUGUACACACUCAAGUCCUAUAUUUGCAUAGAUCGAUUAAUUAAUGAAGCAAGGCGCAUUUUGUUUCGAUUCUUAUUUAUUGCCAUCCUAUACCGGAACAUAUUUUAAAGAUCUAUAGUAAUUACAAUAAGUUUUAUAAUUAUUGCCAUCCUAUGCAUCUCUAUUUAUACACACUUAAACUACUGUAGAUAAAGAUCUAGGUAUUACUUCACCAUUUAGGAGUAAAUCCUUUCCUGAAAGAUUAAAUAUUACGUAAUUAGAUUUAGUUGAUGCAGAUGGAGUUUCAGGAUCAUGUAUUAGUGAUGAUGAAAACUUAUUAAAUGAUGAUCCAAAAUAUUUGUAAUAAAUGGAUUACCUUGAUGAAAGUAAUUCUCCUAUUAAAGAAAUAGGUAUUAUAUCUAUUAUAAAUGAAUCUAGUUAAAAAAUAUAAAAAUUCAGAUGAAUAAAGAAUCUAAGAAUUCGAUUAUUAAUAUGAUACUCCUUAAUCUCCAAAAUUAUAAUCUAAUAUCUAUAAAUUAAAAUCUAAAUAGAUUACUGAACAAUCAUAAAUUUCUCUAAUAAGUAGAGCUGAACUUAUAACUUAUAAAGAGGCUCCUAAAAUGGAAUAAAAUUAUAAAUUCCCUUAUGAUGAUUCAGAUAGUAUAUAAUCAUAAUAACAACAAUAACAAUAGUAAUAGUAAUUAAAAUAACAAUAUCCAUCAUAUAAGUUAGAAACUAAACUUUCCACAUAAGAUUAAGAAUCACCUCUAGGAUCAAAAAAGGAUUCUAACUAAUAAGACUCAAAUCAAAAACAUAGUCCAUAAAUGUCAAUUCAAUCUUCAGAUUUAUCUUCACCAGAAAGUUUGUCCUUAAAAUCUGAAUGUCGAUUAAGAUCAAGAGCUUAAACAACCUAAGGACUUUUAUAAAGAAGAUAAUCAAAAACUGGAUUUGCUUUAGUCUUACAUUAAGUUGAAGAUAAAUCAAAUGGUAAACAUGGAUCUGGGGAUAUGUUACUAUUAAACUUUUCAGAAUCGAGACCUAGAUAAAAUUAAAAUAAUAACAAUAGGUUCAAUAAAGAUUAUCUAUGUUUUUUAGCCUUUAGACCUGCUACUUGGGAAAAAUUUGCUAUUUAAAAAGUUAAAAAAGUAAUCAAAUAAUAAUUUAAAUGCAACAUUAUUUUUAAUGGAUUUUCUUCUUCCUUUUCUUUAGUAGAAAUAAAAGAACUUCUCAAUAAUUAAAUAUUUAGUGAUAUUGGAUAUCCUUAUCUUUUAUUAGAUAGUGAUGAUAUAAGUGAUGGGGUUACUAAAUUUAAAUCUGAUCCUCCCAUUCGAUAAAAAUAUAAUAAAUAAUUAUUAUAAAAAGCAAUAUCAUAAAAUAAUUGGAUUAGUAGUAUUUCAAGUUCACAUCUAUAUGUUAAUGGUUUAUAUAAAUUUGAAGAAUAAGGAGACUUUCGAAAAGCUGUCAGUGGAUUGUGUAGUUUAGGAUGCACUUUUUAAGCCUUAUGGACUUUGUUAUUUUGUAAAAAAAAUCAAGAUCCAAACAUUAUUAAAUAGGUUUUUUAUAAUUAAGAUAAAAAUAAUUCUAAAUAUAAAAGAAUGGUAUUAAAACUUAUCUAAUUAUAACAACUUGUAUCUACUGGACCAGCAUAAUAUUUAAAUCUCAAAGAUAGAGGUUGUAUAGAAGUUGGAAAAGUAGCCGAUUUAGUUGUAUUUGAUCCAUUAAAGGCAUGGAAAUUGAAUUUCGAAAAAAUCAAUCACAUCUUUACUUUUUCAACUGAUAAACACAUUUUUAAAAAUAGACUAUUUUUAGGAUCAGUGGAUUCAGUGUUUAUUAGAGGUAUUUAAUUCAUUUUAAUAUUAGGUGAAAAUAUUUUACAUUAAGAAAAUCAAAUUAUAUCUAUUUAAAAUAGAAAAGGAAUUUAAAUAAUAUAGAAAUGA